AUGGCGGCCGAAAUUAAUGGGUCAGUUGCGGUGGUAGCUGACGCUGGUUUUCAAACUCAUCAAGUUCACCCUUACGCCACUCCGCCGCCGUCCUACUUUUCAGCCGUCCGUGCCAACAAUAGUGGAGGCAGCAGCAGUCAGCAUCAGCAGCAACAGCAACAACAACAGCAGCAGAUGUUGAUGAGCAGCAGCUCCCGAAACUCCCUCGCCAGCAACUCCAGUGCAAACACCAACAACAACAGCCACAACAGCAGCAACUACAUCAACACAAAGACGCUGAUCAGCAAGGCAAUACCUGGAGGUGGUGAAAUGUCCUCAACACCGCCGCCACCGCCCCCUCCUCCUCCGCCCUACUCAAUGUCACUGUCGCUCGCGCAGCAGGACUCAAUUGCGGCCAUAUUCUCACAGAACUUUUGCGCAAACUCAGUGGCAACAUCGGCUGCAACUGUAACUGCUGCAGCAGCUGCUGCGCAUGCUGUUGUGGUCGCCGCUGCUUCGCCUGGCUCAGCCUACGGUGGCUCUAAUUGUGGCUCAUCAGUCACCUCAUCUUCAACUGCCAACAAAUCGGCACUGAACGGCAUUCCCACCACCGAUCCACCUAGCUACGAGACCUCAGUGGCCGCGCUGAAGGCACAACGAGCCGCCGGGACAACAACCAGGACCACCACUACCGCCACCACCAUCGUCACCACGGAAAGCAGCACAAGCCUGACCAGUACGCAUUCAGUGAGCACUGCAGCCAGCCACCACCACAACUGCGAUCUGGUGACCACUAUGGAGUCCAUUCUCAGCGGCAACUUACCGGUGAGCGCUGGACAACAACUAGCGGCGGCAAUCUCAUCAACGGCGGCCAUCACUGAUGCCGCCACCAGCACCAGCACCACCACCACCGUCGGGGCCACCUCAGUGGCCAGUCGAGUGCGGGCCCUAGAAAUGUCCACUCUGGCGGAGAAAAACGUUUCCCUCACUUCCGGUCAGGAGUCAGUGCCGCCGUUGCCACCGAAGCCGUCGGUCAACGGACAGCACAGUGGCCCGACGCCGCCGCCGCUGCCACCGCAGCCGCCGCAUCUUCUCCAGCAACUUCACCACCAUCAGCAGCAGCAGCAGCAGCAUCAGUGUCAGCAGAAUGCGCUGAACAACGCUGAUACAAUCGUAGCAGCAGUCAACGGCAGUGCUGAACAUAAUGGCCACCAGCCAGUUGAGCAAGUAACAAAGUGCCAAACAAUCACCUGUGAAGAUGGCAGCCUGCUGGAGAUUGAGAUGGAGAAAAAUGGCAGCGUGAAGAAGCAGACGCACCUCUCGCCCAUUCCCACCCGUCGCGGCUUCAGCGGCUCCAUUCGAGAGAAGGAACCGCGCGACUUUAAGGUCAUUCAAAAUGCCUCAAAGGCCUUCAAGUUCUACAUGGAGCAGCACAUGGAAAAUCUGGGCAAGCUGACGAAGCAGCGUCAGCUUCGGCGUGAGCAGCUGGAGUCAGAAAUGGCCAAGAUAGGCCUAACUGAUAAGGAUGCCAAUGAGAUGCGGCGAAUGCUCUGCCAGAAAGAGUCGAACUACAUUCGCCUGCGCCGAGCGAAAAUGGACCGCUCGAUGUUCAAGAAGAUCAAAACGAUCGGUGUGGGCGCCUUCGGCGAGGUGGCCCUCGUGAAGAAGGUGGACGUGAACACGCUGUACGCGAUGAAGAAGCUGCGCAAGGCCGAUGUGCUCACGCGAAAGCAGGUGGCCCACGUCAAGGCGGAGCGGGACAUUCUGGCGGAGGCGGACAACGAGUGGGUGGUGAAGCUGUACUACUCAUUUCAGGAUGAGAAGUACCUCUACUUCGUCAUGGACUACAUUCCCGGCGGCGACCUCAUGUCGCUGCUCAUCAAGCUCAACCUUUUUGAUGAGCCACUGGCGAGAUUUUACAUUGCCGAGCUGGUGCUGGCCGUGGAGAGCGUUCACCGGAUGGGCUUCAUCCACCGCGACAUCAAGCCGGACAAUGUGCUGAUCGACAAGGACGGCCACAUCAAGCUGACCGACUUUGGCCUCU